UCCCUAUAUCUGCUCCUAUCUCUGCCCCUGUCUCCCUGCCUGUGCCCCCCAUCUCCCUAUAUCUGCUCCUAUCUCUGCCCCUGUCUCCCUGCCUGUGCCCCCCAUCUCCCUAUAUCUGCUCCUAUCUCUGCCCCUGUCUCCCUGCCUGUGCCCCCCAUCUCCCUAUAUCUGCUCCUAUCUCUGCCCCUGUCUCCCUGCCUGUGCCCCCCAUCUCCCUAUAUCUGCUCCUAUCUCUGCCCCCUGUCUCACUGCCUGUGCUCCGUGUUGCCGGAGGAGGAGCAGGGAUUCUCCCACAAUCCUGUGCCAUUAGCUGAUGGAAGCUGCGCUUGCAGCGGCCGCUCUGCCCAUUGCCUCUGCUCAGUCUCUUGCCGUGGAGCCAGGGCAGUGGCCAGCCGGGAUGGAGCGGGGCAGCGGGGCGACUUCUCCGGCGGCCAGCGGGCUGGGGCUGGGGGCCGGCCAGCGGGAGCAAGCAGCAGCGGCCGCCGGCUGGGAGACACCGGAGCCCGGCCACAGCCCUCUCCAGCAGUCGCUGAGCGGGUCCCAGAGUCUGGAGCAGCGGCUGAGUGAAAUGGGAAUUAGGAAGCAGACAUCGUACAGGAAAGCCAUCUUGAGAUCAGGCCUACAGCACCUAGCUCCAGAACAGGCACCCAGUACCAUCCUGAAGAAUGGACCUACCAGAGAGAUGCGGACCAGCCCUGACUGGACUGAAAAUGCUAUAAAUGGUGACCAUGUUUGGCUGGAGACGAAUGUCUCUGGAGAUUACUGCUACCUAGGAGAAGAGAACUGUUUAGUAAAGAUAACGAAAUCAGCUCCAAGGAGAAAGUGUGCUGCUUGCAAAAUAAUUGUGCACACAGUUUGUGUAGAACAGCUGGAAAAGAUCAGUUUCCAUUGCAAGCCAACCUACCGGGAGGGAGGUAGCCGUUCUCUCAGAGAACAGAAUUUUGUGAGACAUCACUGGGUUCACAGACGGCGUCAGGAAGGAAAAUGCAAGCAAUGUGGGAAGGGUUUCCAACAAAAGUUUUCAUUCCAUACUAAGGAAAUCAUCGCCAUCAGCUGCUCCUGGUGCAAGCAGGCAUUUCACAAUAAAGUGACAUGUUUCAUGUUGCAUCACAUCGAAGAACCGUGUUCGCUAGGUGUGCACGCUGCAGUCAUUAUACCCCCAACAUGGAUUAUAAAGGUGAAAAAACCACAGAACUCCUUCAAGUCUUCAAGUAGAAGGAAAAAGAGGACAUCAUUGAAGAGAAAAACCAGCAGGAAAGGAGCGGACGAAAGCAAAUGGAAGCCAUUUAUAAUCAAGCCUAUCUCAUCACCCUUGAUGAAACCACUUCUGGUGUUUGUAAAUCCAAAGAGUGGCGGAAACCAGGGGACCAAGGUGCUCCAGAUGUUCAUGUGGUGGCUAAACCCACGGCAAGUCUUUGACCUCUCACGUGGAGGGCCAAGAGAAGCCUUGGAUCUAUAUCGCAAGGUCGCAAACCUCCGGAUCCUGGCCUGUGGUGGAGAUGGAACGGUGGGCUGGAUUCUUUCCCUGUUGGAUGAACUACAACUGAAUCCCCAGCCUCCAGUCGCGGUGCUUCCACUUGGUACAGGAAAUGACCUGGCUCGUACCCUCAACUGGGGAGGGGGGUACACAGAUGAACCAGUCUCAAAGAUUCUCUGCCAUGUAGAGGAGGGUAAUAUAGUCCAACUCGACCGCUGGAACAUCCACCUUCAGAAUAACCUCCAGCUCAACCAAGAUGAUGCUGAAGAAGGCACUCAGAAGCUCCCACUUACUGUGUUUAACAACUACUUCAGUCUGGGUUUUGAUGCCCAUGUGACACUGGAAUUCCAUGAAUCUCGGGAAGCAAAUCCAGAACGAUUUAACAGUCGAUUUAGGAAUAAGAUGUUUUACGCAGGGGCAGCUUUUUCCGACUUUCUGCAGAGAAGCUCUCGAGAUUUAUCCAAACAUGUUAGAGUGGUGUGUGAUGGUACUGAUUUGACACCCAGAAUCCAGGAUCUGAAAUUCCAGUGUAUCGUCUUCCUCAACAUUCCCAGGUAUUGUGCAGGCACAAUGCCUUGGGGUAACCCCGGAGAUCAUCGAGACUUUGAACCACAGCGGCAUGAUGAUGGAUGCAUUGAGGUCAUUGGCUUUACCAUGGCAUCUCUGGCUGCACUGCAAGUCGGGGGACAUGGUGAGCGGCUCCACCAGUGCCGAGAGGUGAUUCUCACCACUUACAAGACAAUCCCCAUGCAGGUGGAUGGGGAACCAUGCCGGCUAAGCCCAUCCGUCAUCCGGAUCUCACUAAGGAACCAGGCCAAUAUGGUGCAAAAAUGCAAGCGGAGAACCUCCAUGCCACUACUGAAUGAUAUCCACAAGGUGCAGCAUGCUGAUCACAGACGGGUCUCUGCUCCUCCUGAUAGCUUCACUCUCCCUCACACUGUCCCUGGUCGGCUGAGGAUCCGGGUGAACAGGAUCAGUCUCCAAGACUACGAAAAUCCACAAUACAAUAAGGAGCGGCUACAAGAGAUUUCAAUCCCACUGGGAAUUAUUGUCAUUCAUGGAGAUUGUGACCUAGAGACUUGUCGCAGGUAUAUCGACCGACUACAGGAGGACUUUUACCCAUCAACACCCGAUGGACACCGGAUUCAUUACCAGGACAGCGACUCUUCCCAACGCCGAAUGUUGUCUUCGCAGAAUCUUUCUUCCAAAUGGUGCUUCCUUGAUUCAACUUCUCUGGACCGCUUCUACCGUAUUGACAGAGCUCAGGAGCAUCUCCACUUUGUAACAGAAGUGGCUCAAGAUGAACUUUUUAUUCUGGAUCCAGAGAUAGUUGUCAUACAGAAAACUGGGACAGCCCCUGGAAUGCCAGACCUGGUGGUGGAUCCACCCCAAGGCAAUACUGAGCUGUGGAAUGGCUCCAACAGCAAGUGGAUCACAAGUGACAGCUGCGAUUCUGAGUCUGGGAUACAACACCGGUAUCUUGCCAGAGAGACAGAAAGACUGACUCACCAGAAACUCCGGCCUCCCUCAUCCUCCGAGGAAAAAGAACUACUUCAUUCAGUCCUAGAGGGUGAUCUGCAAAAGUUCAUAGAGUCCUGCAGUAAGGGAGUGAGUCUGAUGGUGAGCAGCACUGAAGGAUACUCGGUGUUACACUGCGCUGCAAAGAAUGGUCAUAAGGAACUUGUAAAGUACAUCAUUGAACAUGGGCCACCUGAUCUAUUAGAUGUAGCAGAAAUCAAAACGGGCGAAACAGCACUACACAAAGCAGCAUUCCAUCGGUAUCACACAAUCUGUCGUUUUUUAAUUGAUGCUGGGGCCUCGCUGAUGCAGACUGAUUUUGAGGGCAACACUCCACGACACAAAGCACAGGAGGCUGGUGACCUGGAGCUAGCUGCCUACCUGGAGAACCGGCAGCACUACCAGAUGAUGGCACGUGAGGACCUGGAGACAGCUGUCUGAGAACAAGGAUGUUGGCAAGACAGAGGGAAGGAUGGGGAGGCAUUUGCUGUUUGCCUUCACCCAUUGAAUUCAGUCACUGCUUCCCUUUUAUACCCUACUGCUUGAUGGAUGAAAAGGAAAGUGACGUAAUGUUAGGGAAAGAUGGUGGCAAGAGAUGCCAGUUACUGAGACAGCAGUCAAAGAGCAUAUUACUCAUCACACAGUCCACAUUAAGGAGCUGAGGCAGCUGCACACAGAGGAGGAGAUAGGGGGCUACAUCAAUGGCCCUUUGGAAUCCUGUCCAAACUGUAAAUUACUGUGUUCUCCAUUUCAGAACAAGGAGAGCAAUCAUUCUUCAAAACUCCCUCACAUACAACAACUGGCACCUUUCACAAUCUGGGCUUUCCCCUGGAUUCAUCACGAUCUCCAAUUCAAUCAGAAAGGUCUGUACAGCGAUGCCUGAUGAUGUUGUGUUCAUGCAUCUUCGGAAUGUAACAAUGCACUGGGAGUCCAAGAAGAACACAGGCAGUGUAGCAGUAUCUCACCAAGGCUCCUUCAAUAGCGCCUUCCAAACCCACAACCUUCUCAAAGAACAAGAGCAAGAGAUAUGCGGAAGCACCAUCAGUUGCAAGUUCCCUCCAAACCACUCAUUGUCCCGACUUGGAAAUAUAUCACUGUUCCUUCAGUGCCAUUGUAUCAAAAUCCUGGAACUCCCUCACUAACAGCAUUAUCAGUCUCCCUCCACCAAAUGGAUGCAGCAGUUCAAGAAAGCAGCUCUCCACCACCUUCUCAAAGGCAAUUAGGGAUGGGCAAUAAAUGCUGGGCCAGCUAGCAAAAUCUACAUCCCAUGAACGAAUAAAAAUUAUCAAAAAAGAACUUGAAGAAUUUAUACUUGGGGUACUAAUAGACAACUUGGAGACCUCACUUCACAUAAUGUAUAUGUCUGUGGCUGAUAUUAUCUUGGAUACUUGGAUAUACUACAAUAUACUUUGAAGAGCAUUCAACAAGUGAGGAUCUGGUGCUCCAUGUUGAAUUGUUGGAUUGAACCAAAGUGAGUACAGUCCUUGUGCUCUUAGUAGAAGCCUAAAGGGCUAGAUUUGAUCUAGAAACCCAUGGUUGUAAAUUGUUUUGGGUGCAAGAACAAGGGAUUGUUUUUCCACAGAGAAUUCCUGUCAGAACCAUACUAUGUCACCCCUAGGCAGAUACACACAUUAAACAGUAUUUUCUACUUCAAGCUCUUCUUUCUCUUGUAACCACCUUCUGACAUGCAGUUGAAUAGAGUUUUACUGUGAUCAUCAAGUCAGAUACUUAUCAUUAAAUGAAUCUUGCUAUCCUUUCUGAAUGGAGACAGCUAGUUAAACCUCCUUGACAUUGUUGGUGAUUUAGUCCUCAUGGCACUGAAGAUAAAAUAUCAUUUAGAAUCAUACAGCACGUUAAACAGGCCCUUCGACCAACUCAACCAUGCCGACCAUGUUUCCGAAACUGAACU